AUGGCUUCGUUCUUGGAUGUUCUAAAUGAGGUUGUGGAUAUCUUAAAUGAAUCUAGCAAACUCUUUCUCAAGAACAAGAAGUUGAUGUUCUCUAUAUUGGUAUUCCAUCUAUUGCACAAUGGUUUAGUUUACCUGCUCAGUGUCUUUGCCAUCAGACCCGAGAUAACAAACUUGAUUCAAGAAUCUAGAUUGAUACCUAUGAUGGAUCCAACCACCCCGGAAUACUUCGUCCAUCUUAUAAGAGUCUUUGAUGAUUUUUCCAAAUUUGCGGUUUCUUCAUGCAUCUUUGCCACAGUGUCCUCCAUCAUCAACUUUUUAUCGGUUCAAGUCAUCGUCCAUACUUCUGCCCUUACUCAUAAAGAUGACAACGUCAAGAUCAAAGAUCUUUCGGUUUUGAUCCUUAAAUCUUGGAAGGGACCUCUUUUGACUAGUUUCUACAUUGUUUUGUUCAGUUUUGGAUAUUGUUAUCUCCUUUUAAUAGUUUAUUUCCCUCUUUUUUGGUCAUCCCAUUCCUUGGCAGACUUGGCAGACAAGUCUGCCGCUUUGUUUGUUCUGUUUGCAGUGUUUGAGUCUUCUUUAGGUAUUGUCUGGUACCUAUCUUUGGUCAUAUCGAUACUCGAGGAAACUUAUGGGAUCCAAGUUUUGGGGAAAGCUGCAAAGAUCGUUAAAGGGAUGAAACCGAAACUAUUUCUUUUGAAUCUUUUCUUCGUAUUAUUGUCUUUCGGUUUUAUUCAGACAGUGAGAUGGAUCGAUUUGAAACGCUCAUUUGCAGUUACCUUACCCACCGGUUUGGUCCUUGUGAGUUCCAUCUUUGCAGUGAGGACGUUUCAGCUUGUGACUUACACCCUUGCCUAUUUCCAAUGUAUGGGACUUCAGGGCAAAGACGUUGAGUCCCUGAGGGAUGUUGAAUAUACGAAACUACCUUCCACUACGCUGAUGGGUGCAUUACCUUGA